CCAGGCUAUAGUCGUAAACCUGGUUAUCUACCGUUUUUACCUUAGUUUGACUGAUAAGCGCAGCCAUAUUGAACGAUUUUAUAUUUGGAGCAAUGAAGGCCAGGAUUGUUUACUUUGUGUUUUUUGGCUUAUUUACUUCGGCAACCCCAGCUCUAGGCGGCUCAUGCUUCCGGUUCCCAAACGACGGUGGCCGGGUGAGCUUUCAGGUAGAGGGAGCUAACAUCGGAUCCAGCGCCCAUUUCAAAUUUGAAUUCAAGACCAAACAAAGUGAUGGAAUACUUUACUAUGCGGAAGGACCUUAUCACAAAGAGCGCGUGUACGACUACGAAGGUUUAUUUCUACGCGACGGAGUUGUGCACUAUUUCCUUUUUAACCCUGCAGAGUACAGCAUAGGGUCAACGUUUGGUUUCCAUGGACACAGCCCUUCUGAUGAAAAACUAAAUGACGGGAAGUGGCAUAAGGUGGAGUUUUUCCGGAACAUCCGGCGGGAGGUGUUGAGCGCGGACGGUACGCGGGAGCUGACGUCACGGACAGGCCUCGUCGUUGACGGUUUGACAGUGGCUGUGGACGAUGGAGAGCGGCGAGGAGUGGACAUCCGACCGCCAUUUAUUCUUGGAGACGACCCGCAUCUCAGUGAUCGAUCGAGCAACACGAUCGGCCAGUUCCGGGGCAACAUCAAAGACUUUGAAGAAGUGAUUUCCGGCGCUUCACUGACCGAGACGCUUACGAACGUCACUCACUGCAUCUCCACCGAGUUCCGCCCACCGGAUGCCGUUUAGAGCGCAUGCGAUUUCCCAGUUCAGUUGUAGAACGCAUGCGCACUGCUGUAUUUUUCAUGUGGUGCGCAAAUGCCCGUUGUCGUACUCUGCGCAUGCACGAAGGUAGAAUGGAUGAGAAACUCCCAAAAACUUCAUAAGCAGUGCGAAAUGGAAUAAGUCUGCACUAUAAAUGUUCUCUUCUAUAAGCAUGCAGUUCAUUUAUUUGUAUGUCGGUGAUCUUGUAAUAUUUGAAUAUAAUCAUUUAGUUCGUGGAUGUGUUUCACAUUUUGCAUACUAGAAAUUUUAUUUUUUCGUAUAUUCUUACAUUUAAUAAAGUUGAUUUUUAAUU